ACAAAGAAGACCAAGAACCAUUUCCACGUCAGCUUUUUUAUUGUUAUUUAGACGUUCAUUAACAUCCUGGAACUCAUACUUAAACCAUGUAGUCUUUAAUUCACGUUUGAUACAAGACUUGGUUUAUAGAUGUUAUCGAGGUAAAGAUAGCUAGCUGCUAACAAUGGCUAACUGUGUGGGUUUUCACACUCAAAUAGCCUCCAUCAUGGAAGUACUAGCGAAUGCUGCCGUGGCAGAGAUCUGUAAACUCGUAGACGACGACUAUGCAGUGUUUCGUUUGGAAGUAACUCAAAGCCAAAAAGAAAACAGGGGAUUGCGGAGGAAACUACAGCAACUGGAAUUGAAGGUGUCACGGGAGCGCGCAGAGAGGACAAUGCGAGAGCGCGUCCUCGCCAGUCGUCCCAGUAGUGUCAAGAUCCUCGACCGAUACAGAGGAAUGGCAAGAGGUGAAGGACAUCUCACUGGAGGGCACAGGAGCUUUGUGAAGCCAGCGGGACACAAUACAUGGAGAGAUGACCAACCAAUCAAUGUUGAUGAGGGGAGUGGAACCUCAACCCAGAACAUUAUCAUGAUAGAGCCUGCAGAUGCAGAGGCUGCAGAUCCUGGGGUCAAGCAGGAGAGGUCUGAAGGAGAGGAGGACCCACGGCACAGCAGAGACAACCCGACUGGUGCGGCAGGUGAUCCCCCUGUAGCCACAGAGGACACCGCCCCAGCGCUGCUCAGGUCCCAACGCAGCAUUACGGAGGUCAGUGGAAUGCCGAACACCGUCCUCAAGUCAGAGACCGACACAGAGACUUUAACUGUAACACACAGGCUCUUACACACAGAAUCUGACCACAGAUCAGACCCAGAGAGACAGGGCCUGGGGAGACUGGGCUGUCCUCCUGCCCCUGGCUCGGAGUAUUUACCGGUAUUUCAUCAGAGCCACAGGAUGGUUCAUACCCGUGGGGAUGGCUAUGGUGAUGAGUUAAACAUUGGUGGUGAUGAUCCCUCUUGUUCUUAUGCUACAGAGAUGGACCCUGGCAACAUGCCCUUGGGUUUAGAGAUACAGACUGAUCUGUCUAGAGGGGACUGGAACCGGUACAGCAGUAGUGUACACUCUGAAGGCUGCCUAGAUAAGAAAGAAGAGGUUAUAGUCGUAGAUGAAGUGACUGUGAAAGUGGAGGGUGACGUUCCUCCCACAUGGAAUGCAGAAAGUCACCUCGUAGAGGGACACUCACAGGGCAGAGAUUUCUUAGAUUACAGGGGAAGCUUCGAGACAAAUCUAAAUAUCGCCACCCCCUCUUUACAUGCGUUCAGGGAUCUAGACCCAGUGUCCGCGUCGAUGGGGCCUUCCGAUUCACAUGGAAGCGUCCGUUUCGAUCAGGUAUUUAACUCAAACGACAGGGCUAAAGCCCUGGCUCCGGGAGGGGGAGCCACAUCAGGCAAUGUUAAAGAGAAACGGUUCCUCUGCAUGUUCUGUAACAAAGGCUUCAGCUGCCCCCAGAAGGUGGAGAUCCACCAGAGGGUCCACACAGGGGUGAAAUGCUUCAGUUGUACCCAGUGUCAGAUGCGCUUUGUCCAGGCUGGUGACCUGAAGAGGCACCAGAGAGUCCACACAGGGGAGAAACCCUACAGCUGCCCACAAUGUGAGAAGAGGUUCUCCCGCCAGGACCACCUGAAGAUGCACAUGAAGGUCCACACAGGAGAGAGGCCGUUCGCCUGUACGCACUGCGGGAAGAGGUUCUCAGAAAGGAGAUGCCUCAGGAUACACCAGCAGAAAAACCAUUCCACUCUAUAACAUAGAAAGGAACCAUUCCGCUCGAUAGCUUCUCACAUUUAGAUCAAACCCUGCAUUAAAGACAAAGAUGUCAUUUUCAUUGUUGUCAGCAGAAUGGAUCCACAGAUGAAUUUGGAAUAACGAGAAAAACAGAUUUCAGUGUUGAAUAUUCCUGGAUAGAAUAUGCAUCCAGACAUUGUGUGAUAUACACUACCGCUCAAAAGUUUGGGGUCACUUAGAAAUGUCCUUGUUUUUGAAAGAAAAGCAAAACAAAUUGUCCAUUAAAAUAACAUCAAAUUGAGCAGAAAUACAGUGUAGACAUUGUUAAUGUUGUAAAUGACUAUUGUACCUGGAAACCGUUGAUAAAAUUUAAAAAAAUGGAAUAUCUACAUAGGCAUACAAAGGCCCAUUAUCAGCAACCAUCACUCCUGUCAUUCUUAGACUAGUUGAAUAUCUGGAGCAUCAGCGUUUGUGGUUUCGAUUACAGGCUCAAAAUGGCCUGAAACAAAGGAUUUUCUUGUGAAACUCGUCAGUGUAUUCUUAUGAGAAAUGAAGGCUAUUCCAUGCAAUAAAUUGCCAAUGAACUGAAGAUCUCGUACAACGCUGUGUACUACUCCCUUCACAGAACAGCGCAAACUGUCUCUAACCAGAAUAGAAAGAGGAGU